AUGGUCCACGAAGAUCCCAAGAAGACUCCCUCCAUUCCCUCAUGGCAGCAGCAGUACACCUCGGAGCAAAAGGACGGGAACUCUUCUUCGCAUGACCAGCCCCCAGAUACCAGCACACGGUCACCUCCGCCACCUUCAGAAAUACCUCUUCUUGAGCAAGCCCGAAAGUUCCUCGAAGACGAGUCUAUACAAAAUGCCUCGCGCGAACGCAAAGUUGCGUUCUUGGAGAAGAAAGGUGUACAGACAGAAGAGAUAGAAAAGCUUCUUGGACCGGAACACUCAAGUCCUUCGACGCCCUCUGAUGAGGACUCUGAACUAAAAACCAUACACGACAGUAGCCAAACGCAGGCUUCAGAUGGCAAAGAGACGGAGUCAACCACAAAGUCGGUCGGUGAAGAAGCGCGAUCGCAAUCCACCACAGUUGCGCAGAAGCGCGACGUACCCCCGAUCAUCACCUAUCCAGAAUUUCUGCUGAAACCCCAAAAACCGCCUCCGCUGGUCACUUUCGAACGCCUUGCCCAUGCAGCCUACGUUUUCGCGGGUGCGUCUGCCUUGACAUGGGCCGCAAGCAAAUACAUUGUGCAGCCCAUGAUCGAAUCCCUCACCGAAGCUCGCCACGACCUUGCAGAAACUGCGAAGACAGACCUUGAAACUCUCAACAAGAAGCUGGAAUCCACCGUAUCCCAUAUCCCCUACAUACCGAGCAGCACUGCCCUGCAACAGCAAAAAGCUCAAGACGACGACGACGUUGAAUCCGUGGAUUCAGACCCAACAGAACUGUUCCACCGCGAUGUCGCAACACAAACGUCCCCCCGGCCUUCUCGGGCGAUGUCAUUCUCCUCCUUUCCAGAUAACGACCACCUGUACGCGCAAGAUCCCACAACGUCACAGUCUUCGCGUUUGCGCUCCUUGCACUCCACGCUCUUCUCUCUGCUCAAUUCCCAAAACAAUAGCUAUUCUCAAGACCGCCUGAAAGAUUCUGUGAGUGGCUUUCAAGCCGUCAUUGACAAACUCGAAGCAAGUCACAAUCCAUUUCAGGUCGACUUCAUGGGAUCAUUCUCCAGCUACAGCGGACCGGGCACAUCAACUGCGACAGGCACAGAUAAUAAACAAAAGAAGCAAACGCCCGUCAACGAGGCGACAAAGUUCAGGAACGAGAUCCGCGCGCUGAAAGGCGCGUUACUCAGUUCGAGGAAUUUCCCAACGGCCAGACCAGCGCAGCCAUUCACGUUGCCAUCCAGAUGA